AUCUGUGGGUGGAUACGCACACAAAGCUUCUUUCUUAGAGCCUGAAUGUUGUCUUUUCUUCGUUGUCUGCUGUAUCAGGUACUAUCUGUAUCAUUCCACCAUGUUGGAGCAGAUGUCUCGCAGGAGUCGGUCCUUGCUGUCUCUUUCGCUGACCUCUCUGGCCCUAGCGCUCUCUGUGCUGGCCUUCUGCACCUCAUAUUGGUGCGAGGGCACACAUAAAGUGGUCAAACCUCUCUGUCUGUCGCCUGUGAAAAUGAAGAACUGCGGACAGAACAACAGCCAGCCUUACACAGCUGAGGUCCCAACAGCAGACCCUAAGAAACCAGAUUCCAAUGUGACAAUGUCCCCAAAGCAGAAGGAGGAACUGGACCGAAUGAGAGCCAAAAAUCUGGCAAAUGCAGUCCACUACAUCUGGGAGACGGGAGAAGACAAAUACAUGUUGCGCUACUUUCACACUGGCUUCUGGUUGUCCUGUGAGAAACACAAUGAAGGUGAGAAAUGUCGGAGCUUUAUUGAACUGACCCCUGGAGAAACACAAGGAGUUCUGUGGCUCUCAGUCAUAUCCGAGUUUGCAUACAUCAGCCUCCUGGCGAUGGGCUUCCUUCUGAUGUGGGUGGAACUGCUGCUCCUGUGUCUGAAUAAGGAAAUGUAUGCGCUCAAGAUCAAUGCUUUUGCUGCCAUGUGUACUGUGCUGUCUGGUCUGAUGGGAAUGGUGGCACAUAUGAUGUAUACAACAGUAUUCCAGAUGACUGUCAGCAUCGGGCCCAAAGACUGGAGACCACAGACCUGGGACUACGGCUGGUCGUUUGCCAUGGCGUGGAUCUCCUUCAGCUGUUGCAUGGCAGCGGCCGUAUUCACCCUGAACUCUUACACCAAGACUCUGAUCGAGAUGAAGCACCGUGCCCGGAUCCGUCUGGAGGAGGCCCAUGCCGCCAGCCACGCGCCGCCCUAUGAUGAGGUCAUCACGACCGGUGGCGGGAGCCUCUACUCGGUCAGCCAACUGAUUCAGCAAAGCCAGAAGGGUGCGUUUAUCGACACUGUGUGGACCCCCAGGGAGGAAGGGUCUGGUGGGGGUAUGGUGGGGGCGAAAAGUCCUCACGGACUGGUACUAGUGAGGGGGUGCGGGAGAGAGGGAUGCGAGGACUGCCAGAGAGAAAUGGAUGAGAUGGAAGAUGAGUUGGAGAGGGAAGGGAAUGAUGAAAUGUGCUGAGGAGACGUGAUAAUAAGGUCUGGCUCUGACAUAAGGGACAUUCGCACAGAAGAACGCCCAACCAAACUGCAGGAAGUCCUUCGUCAUUGGCAGCAUCAGUGACCAAGUUUACAUGCAUAUCAUUUUCCAAUUAAGAUCCAUACUUUGGUAUGCCUUGGUAAGCCUGAAAAAGACGUUUACAUGUAU